AUGUUAUCUUCCCUUAUAAAGGAGCAUCAAGCUAAGCAGGCGUCUAAGCGAGUAAUACAAGAGCAAAAACGUAAAGAAUGCAUAACUGCUGCCAAUGAUUUAACACAGGCUCUUGUUGAUCACCUCAAUGUUGGGGUGGCCCAAGCUUAUUUAAACCAAAAGAAAUUAGAUGCUGAGGCAAAACUUCUACACCAGGGAGCUAUAAAUUUUGCAAAACAAACACAGCAGUGGCUUGCUCUAGUCGAGAACUUUAGUAGUUCUCUAAAAGAGAUUGGUGAUGUGGAAAAUUGGGCUCGGAGUAUUGAGAAAGAUAUGAAAAUAAUUACAGACACAUUAGAAAGAGCAUAUGAAACAGCUCAAGAAAAACCUACUACCAGCCAUUAA